AUGCCGUAUCAGCUUCGUUCUCGAUUGGCACCUGGCACCCCUCCUACUGAACCCGACGCUUUGAUUCCAAAGCGUGUGGACCUGGUGCCCCUGGAGCCCCUUUUCUUGGGUAUUGACCCCAAGACAGGUUUGUUCUCAGGUGAUGAUGAUGAGGUUGGGUCCUCUACACCCCCCAUUGUUCCUGCCUUGGUGCCUGCUGGUUCGGGCCUUUCUGGUCAGGACUACUCCCUGAUGUCAUCUCCUCCAGACCUUUAUGACAUCGACUCCAGAUGUCCUCCGGUAGACCUUUCAACUCCCAAAUGGCAGGCUGCAUGGGAGGCAGAAUUGGCUUGUUUGCCAACCCCUCCUCCUACUGCCAACAAAGUGAUCAAUGUGGCCUUGGCCUCCUCCAGGCCUGGACCGGAUGCACAGGAGGAUCUGGAAGCAUAUGAGGAGUGGUGCAGGAAUCGUCAGAUCGGGCCGAACAAGGGUCCAAAAGCCGAAUCCAACAAUAUCAGUAGUAGCGAGGUCCUACAACAGAUCUCACUCAAAUUGGUAAGAGCAGGAGCUUUCAGUGAAAACCACCAGAAUCAAUAG